GAGAGCAAAGAGAGACGGAGAAAGGGAUAGAGAUAGUGAGGAAGAAGAGAAUAGAUAGGGUGAAAGAGAUGGAUACAGUUUAGAGUUUUAUUUUCCUCUAUCUUUACAGUUGUUACAUCUACUGUCUUUGUGUCUCUGUUGUGGAUUCGACUGACAUACGCUCAGUCUUUGUGUUUGCUGUUCUCUCUUUGGCUUCUUGGAUGCUGAAGGAUUGAUGGCGAUGGAGAUACAAAGCAGUCACCCAGCACUGCUGUACACCUGGACGCAAGAGCUGCACUGACAGAGGUCUGCAACGUGGUAACACGACAGAGUGGGUGGACAGACAGAAGUAUCAAAGUAUCUACAUCAGUAAGUCAUCACGUCCUCUGCGCUCUGUCAGGAGAACUAUCCAGCCAAUCAAGAGAGGUGAGGGGGGAGAGAUGUUGGGGCAGGGCGGCCAUGUGGUCCUGGCUUUCAUGUCAUCACUGCUGCUACUGUGGCGCGAAGCAGCACCAAUUGAAGUUCCACAAGAUCCAAAGAUCCUGCAGGACCUGAAGCAGCCCCCCACUAUAGUCAAACAGUCAGUGAAGGACUACAUUGUCGACCCCAGAGAUAACAUCAUCAUCGAGUGUGAGGCAAAGGGCAACCCAGUGCCAACGUUCUCAUGGCGAAGGAAUGGGAAGUUUUUCAACAUUGGGAAAGAUCCCAGGGUGACGAUGCGAAAGCGCUCAGGAACUCUGGAGAUAGGAUUUCGUAGCGGUGGACGUCCAGAGGACUAUGAGGGAGAGUACCAGUGUUUUGCCAGCAAUGACCUCGGAGUGGCUCUGUCCAACAAAAUCCUGCUCCGUGUCUCCAAGGCUCCUCUGUGGCCUAAAGAGGUGCUGGAGCCAGUGGUGGUGACUGAAGGGACCCCGCUGAUUCUACCCUGCAACCCCCCACCAGGACUGCCUCCUCCGUUCACCUUCUGGAUGAACAGCGCCAUGACUCCGAUCCCUCAGGACAAGAGAGUGUCAAUGGGUCUGAACGGAGACCUGUACUUCUCCAACGUUUUGGUCAAAGACGCUCACACUGACUACAGCUGCAACGCUCGCUUCCUCUUUACACACACCAUCCAACAGAAGAACCCCUUCACACUCAAAGUUCUGACAAAUGAGCAGUAUAAUGACACAUCUUACAAUGCCACUGACCCCUAUGGUGGCCGUAAAGUAGCCGAGUCUACGCCGACCUUCCUCUCACCCUCAGGGAGUGAGAGCUCCAAAAUGGUGCUACGGGAUGAGCAACUGCUGCUGGAGUGUAUCGCUGCUGGACUCCCGACGGCCACCAUCAAGUGGUUUAAGAAGGGUGGGGACCUACCGGGACGAAAAGUGAAGUUUGAGAACUACAACAAGACGCUGAAGAUUAUCAACGUGUCGGAGGAGGAUGCUGGGGACUAUGUUUGCAUGGCUAACAACCAUUUAGGCAGCAUACGCCACUCCAUCUUUGUUCAGGUCAAAGCGGCUCCUUAUUGGCUGGACAAACCUUCAAACCUGGUGCUAGCCCCGGACGAGAACGGGCGCCUAGUGUGUCGGGCCAACGGCAACCCGAAGCCUAACAUCCAGUGGCUGAUCAACGGACAGCCUAUAGACAGCUCUCCACACAACCCGAGCAGACAGGUGCUUGGUGACACCAUCAUCUUUCGCUCGGUGCAGAUGGGAAGCAGUGCUGUCUACCAGUGCAACGCCUCCAACCAGCACGGAUAUGUGCUGGCCAAUGCCUUUGUCAGCGUCCUUGACAUGCCUCCGAGGAUGCUGGGCCCUAAAAACCAGCUGAUUAAAGUCAUCCAGAACAACCUCACCUUCUUGGACUGUCCCUUCUUUGGUUCCCCUCUGCCGGAUUUACGCUGGUUUAAGAAUGGACAGGGCAGUGGGCUGGAUGGUGGUCAGUACCGUGUUUACAUCAACGGCACCCUAGAGAUCAAACGAGCCCGAGCAGAGGACGAGGGCACCUACACCUGUGUGGCCAACAGCAUCCUGGGCAAGGCCGAAAACCAGGUCCGCCUGGAGGUCAAAGAGCCGACACGUAUAAAUCGAGUGCCGGAGCACCAGUCAGCCAUCAGGGGCUCCUCGGUUCACUUUGACUGUAAGGUGAAGUCUGAUCCCAGCCUGCCCAUCACUGUGGUCUGGACAAAGGACGACAAGCCUCUCUACCUGGGAUGGAGGCUGAAGAAAAACGAGCAGUCUCUGACCAUCCACAAUGUGAAUGAGGGCGAUGAGGGAACGUACAGCUGCACUGUUACAUCUGAGAUAGACCAGGACUCAGCCUCAGCCCGCCUCACUGUGUUAGAGGAAGCCUCCCUCAACCCCUCAAUCUCUAGUGCCUUGCCUCCAGACCGUCCGGACCCUCCCAUGGAUCUGGAUCUGUCCGACCCCGCAGCCCGCAGCGUUCGGCUCACCUGGAUCCCCGGAAAUGACCACAGGAGUCAAAUCACGCAAUUCCUGGUCCAGUUUGAGGAGGACCGCUGGGAGCCGGGCAGGUGGCAGGAUCUGUCCACUUAUCCGGGAGACCUCAACUCUGUCAUCCUGCAGCUCGCCCCCUUUGUCAACUACCAGUUCAGGGUCAUUGCCAUCAACUCAGUGGGCCAGAGUCAGCCCAGCCGCCCCUCACCACAAUACAAGACCAGCGGAGCUGCCCCAGAUGCCAUUCCUAGAGGACUACGAGGAUGGGGAUCCAAGAAGGACAAUAUGGAGAUCACCUGGGAGCCUCUGCUUGAUCUAGAGAGAAAUGGCCCAAACCUGCACUACAAUGUGUGGUGGAGACGGAAGGAUUUGGGAGAGGAGUGGAGUAAUGUGACCACGGUGGGGUCCAAACAUGUCGUCCACAACACAAAAACCUACGUGCCCUAUGAGAUCAAAAUCCAGGCCAGGAAUGAGUUUGGACAAGGGCCUGAGUCUAAUGUGGUUACUGGAUACUCUGGAGAGGACAAGCCCACCAACGCACCCACUGACCUGCGGGUGUCAAAGGCUGACAGCACCAAGGCAAACAUACACUGGAAGCCCGUGGACCUGAGCUCUGUCCAGGGAGAGUUCAAGGAGUACAGGUUGUACUACUGGCGAGAGUCCAGUCUGGUUCCAGGUUUGGUGGUCAGUAAGGAGAAGAAGAACAAAGGUUUCUACAGCAUCAUGACCGAGCCAUCUGGCAUCCUCAGCGACCUUGUGCCCUACUCUAAAUACAAGAUGUUCAUGGUUGUGGCCAACAACCUCUUUGAAGGUCCACCCAGCAACACGGUGGAAAUCACUACCAAGGAAGGAGUGCCAGAUGCUCCAAAGUUUUUCAGAAUUAACAGGAGGGGUUUUGACACCAUCCACCUUGAAUGGGAAAAACCUCUAGAGCCCAACGGCAUUCUAAUUGGAUACCAGCUCAAGUUGCAAACAGAAACAGUCAAUGGCUCCAGGGUUGGUCGUCCCCAGUUGGAGACAUUUCCUCCUAAUGUGACAGACUUCACCCUUCGCCUGCCGGACCGAUCUACCCGCUAUAAGUUCUACCUGUCAGCGCUCACCCAGGUGGGAGCAGGGGAGGUUUUUGCUGAGGAGUCCCCACACUUUGCCAAUGAAGAAAACUUUACUGACUCUACAGGCCUAGUCGAGCUUACAGACGCCUCCGUGGCUUCAGCUUUCUCUCCUACUCCUCCUCCUCUCGCCCCUCUUCCUCCUACUACCAUCGCUCCUACAACCAUUAGUACCUCAACUUCUACCACUCCUACAACUACAACUUCUUCUACUACUACUACUACUGCUUCUACUACCACCAUCACUCCAACUGUGGCCACCACUACUACCACACCUCCUAAACUGGUCACCAUCAAGCGUACAGAUCAGAAUGUGUUGGUGGCCCCUGUGCGGGAGAUCUGGAAUCUGACGGUGGAGCCUAACAGUAACUACGCUAACGUCAGCUGGAGACACAACUUCCCGGCCGGCAGCAGCGAGUUUGUGCUAGAGUUCACACUGGACAGCAACAAGACGGUGAAAGUUGUACCAGUGAAACAACAGCCCCCUGUUACAGUGGCAGAUCUGAUCGCAGGCGCCAAGUACCAUCUGAGGGUUUACUCCCAUGAGCUCAACAGCGUCAGCAGCAAAUCUGUCACCUUUAAGACCAAAGCAGCCUACAUAGACCAGGUAGACAUAGCCACCCAAGGCUGGUUCAUUGGCUUGAUGUGUGCCAUCGCCCUCAUCAUACUGAUCCUCCUCAUCGUCUGUUUCAUCAAGAGGAGUCGAGGAGGCAAAUACCCAGUCCGUGACAAAAAAGAUCUCCCCUUGGACCCAGUAGAUCACAAAGACCAGGAUGGAUCCUUUGAUUACCACAGCGAUGAGGACAACAAGCCUCUACAGGGCAGUCAGACGUCACUGGAUGGCAACGUGAAGGAAAGCGACGACAGUCUGGUGGACUACGGCGAAGGCGGCGACGGCCAGUUCAACGAGGACGGCUCUUUCAUUGGCCAGUACACGGUGAAGAAGGACAAGGAUGAAACAGAGGGCAACGAGAGCUCUGAGGCCACCUCGCCCGUCAACGCAAUUUACUCGCUGGCAUAGCGCCGUAGCAGCACACGAGGGGCGCGGUGGAAUCCUCGGAUUUGAGGAUGUUACAACAAACCACAACAUCAUACACAAAGACACAAACACACACACGUGAAUAUAUUAAUAUAUGAAACACAUUAAACACAGAAGGAACGCAGCCGGACCUGUCUGGAGACUGUGUAGGCUUUCCUCUGCAGAUAAAGUAACAGGGGAACACGGGAGUGGACAAAGACCACAAGCCUUUAUUUUAGUUUCCAGCGUGAAGAAAUUGGCCCAUUGGAGGUAACGUUUGGACAAAGAGGACAGUGCUCAUUUUCCUCUGCGCUCUGCCUGCCCGUACACAGACUUGAAGUGUGCUUUCGGGGCAGCCUUCAGCACGUGGAAGCAUCAACAAGCGUUCUUUAAAGAUGUUUCUUUGGUUCGAUUCUGCUCCGAACAUUUUCAGCGUCCCUGCUCUCCUUCCUAAUUUGCCUCUGUGUAGCAUCCCAGUAAAGUACACACAAGAGGUCCCUUACACACACUCUGGCCCGUCCUGUAACAUAUCAGCUUCUAACCAUCAAACUCAACAGGAUGCCUGCAGAUAUGUUUAUCAUAUUGAUAUCUACGCAAUGAAAGAUUUUAGUUUUUCCACAGCUGGUAGACGAGUCAUUGAAUAUUAAAGAGUGCUGUAUACAGUCCAGGCACUCAUUUUAGUGCCCUGCUAAACUAUGCACUAUCACCUCCUCCAUAACAUUUUAGGUUUAAUCUGGUUAGUAAAAGUACACAUUUUGGGUUUCUUUUUUUUACCAUUUGCAGGCUAAUUCACAUGCUUUCAUUCACUUUGCCUUGUUCGCUGUGGUAGACAUGUUUGUCUUACCUCAAAUCCAAUAUUGUAGUGCAGAUGUUCAAAAUGGCCGCCACAUGAAAAGCUAUUUCUGCCACAAGCAUCAAGCUCUGCUAAAGUAUGUUGAAAAAAAUAUUAUUUUGGAGCAUGGUAGUAAUUAGUGCAAAAGAAAUGGAAGGCAACAGAGAGGAAAGUACAUUUUGCUUGAGAAACACCAGUAGACCACAACCCCCUAGUCAGAAGGCUAAAGCUGCAUUCAGUCAAAUGGUUGACAGUUCAAAUGUUUUUGUUUUAUUUUGGCUUUGAUUUCUUAUAAUUUACAAAUAGUCAUUUUAUACCAAACAAAACAUUGUAACGUCAACCCAACAUUGUGGUCAUAGAAUUACUUAAUUAUGGCAGGAAAAAAGGCGAAAAAAAAAAAAGGAGAGAUAGUAUAUUCCUCUUCAACCUACCUACAUGUAUUUUCUCAAUUGUGACACUAUAAUUCUGGAAGUUUAGGGCCCUAAUCCCAAAUUCCUGAAUGAGUUUUGAGCUCCGGUAAACUGUGUCAUGUUUUCGAGUUGGAAGCUAAAAUCUACGUUCUCUCCCUUGGGACAUGAAUGCAGUACGAGAGCUGGGGAUCCUCAGGGUGUGUUCAGACUAUAUUUUUGCCUUGAGUUUUAUUUCACUACUGGAUUUUUCUUUGGUUGCAGUCUGUGUUUACAGCCAAUAUAGUUAGUAUCAUGCACCCUGUUACUUUCCUCUAGAUGUCUCUUUUUUUGCCUCCGUAUGUUCAUGAAUUAGAGUCAUGAAGCCGCCGAAAAGGCAAAACGUUUUGCUGAAGUUGAAAUAUCUUCAACUCAUGGACACAUCUUUGGCUCAAUUCAUUCAUUUGUGUCCUCUCACGUCUGUGCAUUGACUAUAUAUGCUAUCACACUCUGAACCCAACUUUACAGAGAGAUCAACAACUCUCCCUCUAGUUUUUAUAAACUCAAUUAAUUUGUUAAUCAUUACAGAUAAAAAAGGAAAGCCUUAGGGCUGUGUAGAAUACUUGAAUUUACAGCAUGAAAAUAUAUACAUUAAAUUCACAGCCACCUUUGAAAUGAAACGUAUCAGCUUAUUUUUUAGUUUUUGCAGAGGAAGAAAGGAAAAAGAAAACAGUUUGAGUAACUAAACAAGUUAUUGGAAGUAUGUACGCUCAGUAUUUCACUUGUCUACAACCAUAUUUGUCAUUCUGUUAGCAGACUGAUGAAAUUACUUUAUUUUAUACUUAGCGUUCACUGAGUGCUCAUUUGUUUCACUACAUCAUGUUGGCACUCAGACUGUAGUUACCUGCUACUCACUAUUAAACCCUCCAAUAUCAAAAAGAUCUUUACUGCAGAAAGUGUCUGCAGCUCACUUUGUAUUUCAAAUAUUUAUUUUAUCAUUCUAUUUAUUACAUUAUGUGGAUAGUAUUAAUAUAAGUCCUUAAUUUAAUAAUUGUUAUAUACACAUUUCUUACCAACUUAUUUUGUUGUCACACUCGAAAUAGCCAGAAUAAAGAUGUGUCCAGAAUCUGUUACUGUUCAUGAGAAGCAUUAAACACAACAGUAUGUUCAAGAUAUUUUGUGAUAUUUGUAGCAGCUGGCUUUCUGCUGUAAACAAAAGAACAACUAAAUAUCUGUAAUCGUACAUGUUUAUCUGUCCAUUGUGCUGCUCUUCUCGUACUCAUGUUGUAUUACAGCUCUGUGUUGUUAUUCAGAUUUAUGUAUCAUAACCUUUACACCACAGUUAUUAUUUAUUUGACAUAUAUUCUGUACAUGUAGGUCCUGAAAAACAUCUCAUGUAUUUGUAAAUAUUUAAAAGUCGAUUGCCCCUGAAAAAUGCUUUAUCCGAAAAGGAAACAAAGUCACAAAUCUGUAUCCACCAAGCAAAUGCAACAGGUGCAUCUUUAGCGUGUCAUACACCUUUGUAAUGUAGCUUUGACUAAAAUUUGCAAUCUGAAAAGUAACAAGAAUCAUCCUUCACUCUAUGUUGCCCUUUGCUUUGACAUUGUGAUGUGUGGUACUGACUGUGGCAAGUCUAUCAGUCACUUGUUUGAUAGUGGUUUGGAUUCUAUAUUGUGAGAGAGGAAUAGGUUAGAUUCUAGGAUGUAAAUAAGAAGUAAGUGCUCCUGCAAUAUACCGUUUGUAGCAUCGUCACACACAAACUGCUAAUAGGCCUAAAAAAAAGGUAUUGGAACAAACCUUUAAACUGUUAUACAUUCAUCAUCUCUCUGAGACUACAGACUCCUUCCUCGGAUGCCUUUCACCUAACAUGUGCAUAUGCAUGUUGCAUAGCUAGUCCCAUUUCAGAGGCCUCCUUAGAGGACUAGAGGUUGAGUCCGCUCCUCUUCUACAAAGGACACUGACAAGCCUCACAGACAGAGCAGGGCCCAAAUUUAGUUCCAGAAAGUUUUCCCCAAAACAGGCGGAGAACAGUGGAAACACAUUACGUGAUGUUAUGGCAUUGGUUAGAAGGUAAAAUACUGUAAACAAUUAUGGUAAGAUUAAUGGGGGCAACUGACAAACAGUGUAGAAGGUAAAAGGCAAAUAUAUUUAUAUAAAUCUGUAAUACCAACAGUAUUACAUUAUUUAUUUAUAUAACAUUAUUUACAUCCUGCAAUGGCUUUACUUCAGCCAACUUAUCUGAUAUAAUUAUAAGUUGUCAAAAAUUGCACAAUUAAAUACGUGACUGCAUGGCCCACAAUCAAUUGACCAAAUUUGGCAAACAGAGCCUGACAUUCUUGGCUCAUUUGCAGGAGCCUUCUAAUUAGGACAGGCAUUGUCAUUCCAUUAUCACAUUUUCAUUUUGCAGACUUUGAAGGAGGAGGCCCCUAAAAUGGAACACAACAUACAGUAGGCAGCCAUUUUGAAAACAGUUCUGGCCUAGCAUUUCUCUCCUCUUUCAAAACGAAGAGAUGUCUGAUUCUCCGAAAAAACAACCUUUCUGUCAGUAAUUCCCUCUUCCAAAAACUCAUGCUGCCCUCUGUCUCUGCAGAAAAUCAAAGAAAUAUCGUCUGAGUUUUAAUCAGCGGGAUAUUUUCUGUAAAGCCAUUGCUUUACAGUGUAUUCACUCUAAUGUUGGUGUGACAACAGAGGGUUGUUAGUUUUAGCAUCGAGCACAGAUUUAUUGACAAAAACACGAGACUGCUGCUGAAAUAGAAGAAAACAGGAAGAAAAAGCACUGAGAGAUCAAACAUUGGGUUGAACGUAGGUCCAAACUUUCUCACUGGACUCAUUCUAAGCGUUUUCUUCCAGGUUUAGUCUGGAAACCUGCACCCCCCUCUUCCCACAUGGCCUUUCCUCAUUUCCCCCAGGAUCAAAGUGGGGAAAUGUUGUAAACUGGCUAUAUAACAAAGAAAAGAGAAUUAUGCAUAUUUGCUGAUGAACAGUGCUUUUUUUCUUGUUGUGCACGUUGACUCUUUUUACUGUCUGCAUCGUCUCAGCUAACCUUUAAUGGGGGAAAAUAAGAUGUCAAUGUGCAGUUUCACAGCUUUGUGUUUUUCUUCAUUUCAAAGUGCUGCAAAGUGUAUAAUUCUACUCACGCACAGACAAGAUUUGCAACUGGCUUUUUGAAAAUGAAUUCUCAUGUUAGCAUCUUCUUGUUUUUACCAUAUGUAUGAGAGCAGCUUGUCAAAGUCUUGCUUCUUUGACAUGCAAAAUAACAGCUUUUGUAGGAUACAUACUCAACAGAAAAUGGCAUAAAUAUAUUCACCAUGUAUGCGUGUAUGAUGAGAUGUUGCAACUUCUGCUAGCGACGCCUUCUUUAUAGUAAAGCUAUCUCCUUUUCUCUAC